AUGUCCACCGCCGCCCCCAUUGUCCCCACGCCCGUUGCGUCGCGCAGUGACAUCCCGGCGCCCACCCACCCAGACCGACUGCACGUCAAUCGCAGUUCCAAGGCCUUUGGCAGCGGCGCCGAAUCACUCGUCGACUUGCCAGCCGGCGCGCUCUUCGCCAAGAUCACCACGGCAACCCCUGGCGUCAAGGCAUACACCAGCGUGCAGACCGGCCCCGACACCCACAUCGAGCUCAAUUCCGACCUGGUGUACUGCAACCACUCGUGCGCGCCCUCGCUGGUCUUUGACAUGUCGCGCAUGGAGGUGCGCGUCGUCGACGACCGCCCGCUCCACAAGGGCGACGCCCUGACCUUCUUCUACCCCAGCACCGAGUGGGAGAUGGACCAGCCGUUCCAGUGCACCUGCGGCGCGGCGGAAUGUCGGGGCUGGAUCUCCGGAGCCCAGUCGAUGGCGCCGGAGGUGCUGGACGAGUAUUGGCUGAACCCGCAUAUUGCGGGUCUCCUCAAUGAGCGCAAGUGA